AUACUUGUUGGACUUAGUAAGCGCGCUUUUCCAGUCUCAUCGUUUCUCUAGUGAUUGCGCGUCGGUUUGACGAGAACGAGUCUAGGGAUUUAGUCCGAGUACAUAGCUCCGACCAUUUUAAUGGUUAUCUAGUAGUGGAGUAUAAUGACAGAUUUCAGUGAUAAUUGUCUAUCUGGCUUGAGUGACGAAGAAGUCAGUCUUAAUCUAAAGAAUCGCUUUUCAAAUCAUAACAGUACAGGAAAGAAUAUAAGCUCGUUUAACAGGAUGUCUGGUAACCAUAAGCAAGGCGGUGCUCUUCAGCAGUUAUCAAGUCUUCUUGGGCAAACUAUGAGACUAGAAAAUGUGGCUGACUUGAAAGAGGUACUCAAAUCAGUUGGUACUGGUUAUCAGCGUGGCCUCCCAACAAUACCAAUAAAUGAUCUUCGUGGCGAAGAAGCUGCUGCUUAUUCUCGGGAGGAUUGCGUGUUGAGACGUAGUUUGGCUGCUCUGUAUCGUUUGAUCGAUAUGAGAGGAUGGACGCAUUCAAUUUAUAACCAUAUAUCUGCAAGGUGCACUACAAAUCCCAAUCAUUUCUUAAUUAACCCUUUCGGGUUACUCUAUCAUGAAAUUCAAGCCUCUAGUUUAGUAAAAAUAGAUGCAAACGGUAAUAUAGUUGAUCAAGGUAGCUCAGUGUUAGGUGUAAAUAAGGCUGGUUGGACUCUUCAUUCUGCACUACACUCAGCUCGUAAAGAUAUUAAUUGCAUUAUUCAUGUUCAUUUGGCUGAUGUAAUAGCGGUUUCGUGUCUUCGCGCAGGGCUCAUGCCUGUCAGUCCUGAGGCCAUUGAACUAGUGUCAAAUCAUGGAGUUCGCUAUCAUGAGUAUCGAGGUAUUCUGGUAGAUGAGGCAGAACGUUCUAGCAUUGUGAAAGAUCUAGGCUCUAAAGCAAAGGUGUUGUUUUUACGAAAUCAUGGUGUGGCAGUUACUGCUUCUAGUAUUCCCGAAGCAUGGUAUCUCGUUAAACGAGUAAUAGCUGCUUGUCAAACCCAAAUGCGAUUGAUGCAACUAGGGAAUAUGACAAGUUUAUUGUCUGAUUUAAAGGACAGUGCUGUGCAGCUAACAGACGGUCAAGCUGACCAAUCAGAAGAAAUAGGAUCAAAUGUCAUAGAUCAAAAUAAAAACGGUCAUACAUCAGUGAAUGGUAAAGCUGGCAGUGAUAAUGGAGAUAUUUCAUGGACACCAGCAGAAUUAGAAUUUGAGGCUGAAAUGCGUGUUCUGGAUAGUGCUGGUUUCAGAACUGGUCAUGUUUAUCGUCAGCCUAAUUUACUGAGACGCACACAUCCUGGUUCAUCAUGGCCAGGAGAUACAUAUGGUGACCAAAUAACAGCGGCUGAUUUACUGACAACGGACUUUUCCACUAAUGAGUUCAGUGGAGUUGAAGAUUUAGCUGCAGCUGAGGCAGCGGGCGCUGAACAAGUGUCUAGAAUUGUUGAUCAUGUCCGUGCCAGUCGCCAAAAAAAUGCACAACGAAAUCAGUGGUUAGCAAAAGCUAAUGAACCACCACAAAACGGUAUGGUAACCAGCUCUAUGAUCGAUUCGCCCCGGAAAUUGUCCGGAACUAAAGGUUCAGGUGACUAUCGUUCUCAUCCGUUUACUUUGGAUUCUCCUGUCUGUUCACCUGUUAGACGAUCUGAACCCGGAAGCGCAUCAUCUCGUGUAGGAAGGGAUUCCCAUUCUCCUGCUAUACGAAGUCCACAUGAUGUUUCUGACUAUUCAAUCCAUAACGGUUCGGUCUCGAUCUCAGUAGACACCACGGCAUCCAAUAGUUUAACACCGAACAAACGAAUCAAUGAUUCCUGUGUAAAUAAGAGUGCAACACUACCUGCCAAUGUACAGCAUUUGUCUGUAAUGUCAAACUCAAAUACCCUCCAAUCGGUUGAUGGUGAUCUUUUGAAUAAUAAUGUUGAGGGAAGUAAAACGCUUGAGAAAAAGAUCAAAAAGAAAGGAAGCUUCCGAAUGCCAUCAUUUUCCAGAAAGAAGAAACACUAGCAAUAAAAUUACAUUGAUGCCUACUACACACCUGCUUGUAUUUGUUUCCAUUUCCAUUUUCAUGUCUCUGUGGUCAUAUAUAUUACUAUAAUACAGCUUUGUCUAAAUUUAAAAUAACGGCUAACUGAAAUAAUUUGAUAAUUGUUAUUGCAUAAAGAUAUACAGUCAUCAGAUAUUAAUGGUGUUUUCCCCUGUUUUAUAUUAUGCUCUUAUAUUAAUUUUCCUUACUGAUCGUUGGAGUUUUCUUUUUCCUUACUUAUCAUUUAUCCUUUUUUUGCCAAUUGUUAACCACUCGAUAACUUCACUUGAUUAAGUCUUAUCUGUUAUUUUUUGUUCAGUUUUUCUGUAUGUGUGUGAUCCUGCCUUCAUUCGAAUUGCUAUAUAGCUUUUUAAUGAUAAUAAUCAUUGUUUUACAAUGUCUGAUCAUUAGUAUUAAUGGUCCACAAACAUGUUUUGAUUACUGAACUGUUUGUUCGGUACUUCAAAAAAUUUACAUAAUCCCACUGUCUCAAGGAGAUAUCAGUUCUUGAAUAUUUUCUAACAUAAUAAAAGAAGAAACACUUCUCUUCACUAAUUUCCAUCUCGGAAAAUAGAAUUUUUAGCAUUCUAACACAAGUGUAUGUGGAAUAACACUGUAUGAAAUUUUAAUUUCCUCUCUCAUACUGUGAAUAUUCAAUUAUAUAAACACCAAUCAGUCUUUUACUCCAGAGAAUUUCUCAUUUAUAAAGUCCUCAACUCUUUUUCUCCUUUAUCAGAUAUGAAUCAUUAUUGUGGUUUAACAGUGUAUGAGUUAUAUAUAAAUUUGUUUAGUUUUUAUCAGGAAUAUGACAUGCUAUUCCUCUUUUUUGUACUUUAAAGUCUUGAAAAUUCGAUCGUUUUCCGUUCUUCCUUCCAACUCAGCCCAUAUUUUUUGUUGAUUUCAUCUAAUUCAUUAAUGUCUCAUUUCAUUCGUAUCUCCAUCUAAAGUUUGUUCAGUUGUUCAGCUUAGUGUUCUUGGUUAUGUGCUUACGAGUCUAUGGCUCUCCUUGUAACAUCGUGUCGACAAACAGUAUACUCGGAACUUGUUUUUUUGACGUUUAUUAUUAUAUUCUGAAUAAUAUUAUUUUAAUCUAAUUACAAUAGAAUUUUUUGUUUGGUUAUUGAAUAUGCCUGAAGACUGAAUUUUUUACGAUGGAAAUUUUAUUUGUUGUGAACGAUAUUCUUUUUAGAUAUUCAGUUAGGUGUAUAUCAAUUUUUCUAUUCGCAAAUCCGAAAACAACCACUGUUGUAUCCUAACUCAUGGGAUUAUUGUCUAAAUCAGAAUCAUGAUACAUUUUUAUUGUGUAUAAUUCCUUAAACGGUAAAUCGUUGAAAAAUCUUACGAACGCAAAGCAUUAUCAUAGUGUUAUUUAACCGCUAGCCGAAAUUUAUUUACAUAUUACUCUUUAAUUUAUUACAUUUAAUCUGAAUCUCUAUAAAGAUUUAUUGUGAACAUUUAGUGAAAGUAAAUAUCAUAACUGUGUUUAGUUAGCAUUCAUAGGAUUUGAAAUAUUUUAAUCGUAUUUAUAUCUAGGAAAAACAAUUUGCUGUUUCAGUGAUUUCGUAAUGAACUAUUUUGAAUCCGUGACACUACGCCUUAAAACUGAAUAUCUUGAUUAACUAAUUUAUGCUUAAUGAGAAAUAUUUCCAGCUAAAUACAAAAGUACAGGUCUAGUAAGAACACCUGUGCAUAAUACGUUAUCUUACAAACCGUUACAUAAUUAUGAAAUAUUGUCCUUUACUUUAUAGAUUCACUUUAACCACUUGAGAUUGCUCCUCUCAUGACGCAUAUGUUUCAUUGAAUUGUACAUGAAUUCUAAAAUACAUUGUAUGGAAUAGUGAGAUUUUUUACAACUUAGUAACUUCAACAGAAUUCAAGCCAUUUUUAUACUCCAACUAAUUUAAUGAUCAGAUUAUGCGGUUCGAUUGUUGUCUUAAGUAUAAAGAUUGCUAAUUGAUGGCCAUUUUGUCUUUUCGCCCAGUUUAAUCGUUAUUUCAAAAUAACUUGUUUUUUGUUUGGAUAUAUUGCAUUCGGUUAUCCUAAGUAAUGUCAGUUGCCGGUCAUUUCUGAAAACUAUUGUUCUUU